GGAUUUUGACUGUUCACCAUGGCGAGCUUCACACAUCGCAGCUCUUAAUUCUAGGCACAUUUUCUGAGGAAUUUAACACGCAUCGUCUUUUCUCCUUCACUGGAGUCGACGUUCUUCCUGAUUUAUUUUAACUUCCUCAACUGUACAGUUUUGUUCAAAAGCUUUGUUCAUCUUUUGAAAUAUACAAUUGUGCAUUUGUUUUCCCCUGAUAAUAUGGAUUAAUUUAUUUGUCGAUGCCUGCUAAAAUUGCCUGGACGCGUUUGUUCCACCUGACAUUGCAGAACGACACACUGCAAGGAUUAGUCUAGUUUCUAAAGAUCACUGCUUUUUUUAUAGAUCAUAUUUACCGGAAUCGCUUUAUUCACUUUAGCUGGUGUUUCUAAGAAAAGGAACGGGGAAGAAAGGAAAGAAGGAAACCCUCAAGCAGAGCUUACUGGGAGCUAGUCCAGCCAUGUCCUUCAGGAGGGGUGUCGUCAGGCAGAGUAAGUUCAGGCAUGUGUUUGCCCAGGCUUGGAAGGCUGAGCAUUGCCUUGAUGAUGUCAGAGUAUCACGCGUGACAUGGGACGGUCCACUGUGUGCUGCCAAUCCCAAGUUCAUUGCUGUUGUCAUUGAGGCCGGAGGAGGCGGAGCCUUUCUUGUGCUCCCGCUCGCCAAGAGCGGCCGAGUGGACCAGAACACCCCGACCGUGUGCGGUCACGCUGCUCCGGUGCUGGAUGUGCAGUGGUGCCCACAUGAUGACAAUGUUAUUGCCAGUGCAUCAGAGGACUGCACUGUCAAGAUUUGGCAGAUUCCUGACGGAGGUCUUACAUCUCCCAUGUCUGAAGCAGCUGUGACUCUUGAGGGUCACAGUAAAAGAGUGGGCAUCCUGGCCUGGCACCCUUCUGCUCUCAAUAUCCUGUCGACUGCAGGGUGUGAUAAUGUCCUGUGUGUGUGGGACGUGGGCACCGGGGAGCUAGUGUACCAGCUGAGUGACGCCCAUCCAGACCUGAUAUACAGCGUGAGCUGGAACCGUGAGGGCAGCGUCCUGUGCACCACCUGUAAAGACAAAGCCUUACGAGUCAUUGAUCCCCGGCGUGGAACAGUUCUUAAGAUGCGGGAGAAGGUUCAUGAGGGCACCAGGCCGAUGCGGGCCGUGUUUCUGGCUGAUGGGAAAAUCCUGACAACUGGCUUCAGUCGCAUGAGCGAGAGACAGCUCGCCCUCUGGGACACGAGAGAUCUUUCUGAGCCAGUGGCCACUCAGGAAAUGGACACCAGUAACGGAGUUCUGCUUCCAUUCUAUGACCCAGACACCAACAUGGUUUACUUGUGCGGCAAGGGGGAUUGUACUAUUCGUUACUAUGAGGUGACAGAUGAGUCACCGUAUGUUCAUUUCCUGAGUCUGUACAGCAGUAAGGAACCGCAGAGAGGUGCUGGUUUCCUAAACAAACGAGGAGUAGAUGUCAACAAGUGUGAAAUAGCAAGGUUCUACAAACUGCACGAGAGGAAAGUUGAGCCAAUAUCUAUGACUGUGCCAAGGAAGUCUGACCUGUUUCAAGGGGAUCUGUACCCGGAUACGGCGGGAUUAGAACCCGCUCUACUGGCAGAAGACUGGAUAGCCGGACAGGACGCUCCUCCAGUCCUGGUUUCCCUCAGCGGGGGCUACACGGCUCCUCCAUCCAAAUGCAGCACACUCCAGGGUCGACCCAAAGUGCUCUCUCAGUCCAACACUAGUCCCACCGGCACUACUGAGCCACCAAACCCUAUGACAGUUGAGAUGGAGAGCGAGGGCUUGGGCCACGGACGAGGAGGAGGGGAUGUAGAUGGAGGAAUAGAGAGAGUAAAGAAAGAGGAGGACCAACUUUCUGAUAUCCUGACAGAGAUUCGGGCGUUGCGUGCUCUGGCUCUGGCUCAGGGUCACAGGAUCGACGUCCUGGAAAGGCAGCUCGCCCGUAUUGAGGAUGGAGAAGUGUGAAGGAAUCUUAAAACAUAUGACAACACACAGCCUUACCCAGAUUCAGAAGGCUUCACUGAAGGGCUAUGGGAAAUGUAGUUCCAUUAUUGUGGAAUAGAGAUACUAAGAAGUAAUUGAGCUUUGAGCUUUAUCAGUACACUUUGGUUUUUAAUGCACUGAAAUCCAAUAUCCUAAAUGCUGCUCAUUUUGUGCUUUUAAUAGGGCUGUUAAAUCAGGUACUUAAUACUGCUGAUUACAAAUUUUAAAGUCUAAAUUUGGAUGGGUCACUGUAUAAUAUUUUGUAGCCUGCAUUAAGAUGACAUUUAUAAACGCUUCUACUUGAUGAAAGUAGUUUAAAUCUUAAAACCUUCAGGAAAAAUACAAAUCCAACAUGCUGAACUGAUUCCUUUUUCACUAAAGUUUGAUGUUGUUUAUCAACAUGCGUACACUAACCAGCACUGUUCUUGGGUUUAGCUGCCCUCCACAGCUCCUCUCUUCCAUUUGUUUGUCUUAACACAUGUAGCAUUGAUUGUUGGAUGUUUUUAGAGUUUAAUAUGUGGAUAUGCGAGUAGCAUGUGAUGGAAACUGUACUUGGUGUUGAAGGAAUUUGUGUGCUAACAAUAUAAUGGAAUGAAGAGCUUGAAGGAUGAAAAGAUGUCCGUUUCACACCAAAAUCAGAACUAUAUAUAUAUAUAUAAUUUUUUUAAAAACAUGUAUUUGUACGUUUUGACAUGUCUUAAUUGAAUUCUGUUUAUUGCAAUCAAAAUUAUCUUCAGAUCUUUUGUUAAUUCAUGCUAUUCCAGAAUUAGUAGAUUUUUUUAUUAUUAUUAUUAUAUUCUCAUUACUGAAACAAUAAUAAUUUUUACCAUACUUCAGUUUUAUUUUUUAUUUUCUUUGCUGCAUUUAAACCAAAUUUAAGGUACAACAAAUACCACUAUGAUGUAUAAAUAGUUUUACAUUAUGGUAAUGCAAAAUUGCUUAUAUGCCAUAGAAAUGUCAUGAUUGUCAUAAAAAAUGAAUUACUCUUGAUUGUCUUUUUUCAAAAUCCAAUAAUUUUUAUCUUAUAUAAUUUAACACAACAUGUAAGAUUUUAAUAUUUUUUCCAUUUGUUUUUGGGGUGGCCUGGACAUGUUCUUUACAGGACUGCUAAGAUUCAUCCUGUACCUCGAUAAAUAAUUGUGCUUCAUUCCUGUUUGAUCUGAAAAAUUAUAGUAGAAUGAUGCGAUGUUGUUAGGCUAAGAUGGUGUUGUUUUUGUACUUGUUUUAUUUUUUAGUCUUAAUCAAGGGCACUACAAUCAGGGAUGACUCAAAUCGAGGGUCGACUCAUCCUCCUGUGUGAAUGAUUUUAAGUCUAGCUUUAUCAGUUGUAUAGGUUGUAAAUUAUCUAAGUAUCUAUUUACCUAAAAUCUAAAUACUGACUUAAUCUGUUCUUUUUAAUAAAUGACUUUCACUCA